AUGGACACCAACUACCACAUGACGCCACAUCAAGCGACUACUCUGGCUCGAGAGCCAAAGAGGGCAUUCGAUAUCAGCAAUCUGAUGUCACCCCCCGAGCCGCUGCCCUACGACAGCUUUAACCAAGGUCAUCAAAUUACGGCACAGAUUGCGUCAGGUGCCUCUCAUGCUUACGAGACGACGAAGCCCCGCAUGCCCAUGUCGCCUCCUGUCUCGCCUUACAUCACCGAGUCCAGCAACUUGAACAUAAAUGGAACACCAGCUAAGGAUCCGAUCUUGUACCCUCGUGAGGACGCGGCUUCGAGCCCGACGCAACCACCUCUCUUUCCCAGCACCGAAUCCAUCGAACACCGGCGCAUCGUUGACGAGCACAUCGUUACGCGGCCUCCGGGCCUGUUCCGCGAGGGAUCGCCUCCUCUCAGAGAAGACUACGAGUUAGCUCUGCAACUCAAGUCACAGGUUAUGAGACUUUUUGCGAAUAAGAGGAAGUCAUGGUACGAGAAAGAGAGAGAUCAGAUUAGAGCCGAUCGCAAGUUGAAUCACGCUCGGUGGAACAGCGUCGUGCGAUACCAAACAAUCGCUCCAGCCAAGUCCGCACCCGUCAAGGCGUCAAAAGCAUCAACCAGCAAGCCCAGGAUUACUUUAUCUACUAAUUCAAAGCCGGACCGCAUUGUGAAGCCCCAGGCUCCCCGGCCCAUACGCAAUAGCCCCCCGACUCGUCAUGCUCGCCGUGUCAGUUCUACUCCGGAUCCUGCUCGUCGCAUCGUUGCGCCAAACAGAGAGGAUCGCGACUUUACCGCUCUCCCCGACUUCUGCCCUCCGACGUCCUCGCUGCCGGACAAACCCAAUUGUUUGAAAGUAGACUGGAAGGGCGCUCCCAUCGACCUCAGCGACGACCCCAAUAUUCACUUGCUGCACCCUGACGAAGUUAGUCUUGCUGCCAAUCUUCGGCUAGACUGCGCCACAUACCUCACAAGCAAGCGACGUAUCUUCGUCCGCCGGAUUGAAUGUGCAAAAGUUAGCAAGGAGUUCCGCAAGACCGACGCCCAACAGGCCUGCAAGAUUGAUGUCAACAAAGCUUCGAAGCUUUGGACGGCUUUCGACAAGGUCGGCUGGUUGGACCUCAAGUGGACGGCCAAAUUCCUCUGA